CCGUCCGCUACGGUCUGAUACCAACUCUUCUCCUCACAUCUGCGGAAACUAUUUCAUUGCCUUUCGUUUCGAAGCGGCAUCGUGUGCAUUUGGGAUAACUGCCCCAGAUUCUGGCUCUGUGGUAACCCCCUUGUGGCUCAGAUAUCGGUAAACUUGGAUAUAUUGAAAGUCCAAAGCUACACCUCAAAAUGGAAGGUCCACAGACCUUGACUGUGGCCUCCACUUGGAAAUUUGACAACGACGCGGCUGGACAUAUUAGAAGACUCUUCAAGGCAACCUCCGCAGCUGGUGUUGGUUUCUGCAAAUAUGAGCCUGUUAAUAACGUCUUCGUUGUGGACAACUGUGAUGUUAUGGGAUCGGCGUCAGAGCUGAGCAUUUUGGUGGCCAAGUAUAUUGACGCCGAGAAGGAUAACGACAGGAUAGAGAUUCCGAAGGUGUCCCGCCUAGGGCCACUAAAUGCUCCUUAUGAAAUUCCAUAUGAGGACGAUAUAAUCGAGGAAGCGGAAGGGGCUUUGAUCAAUUUCUCUCGAGGUAGUGAGAGCACUAAAAUUCCCAUUACCACGAAGUACUGGAAGUCCAACUUGGGGACUACUGGUGGCUUUGAGAAGCUGCGAUACGCCAUCGACGAAGUGUCCAGGCUAUCUGGAGCAGAUAUCGUCCUCGAAGAGGCGAAUGACAGAAUCCGUGUGUUCAGUUACUUGGAUAGUAGCAUCGUUGACGAUGCAAUGAGCCGGCUUUCCAAUUUGCACCCGUGCCUAUCUCUUUCAAUUACGCCUCAAGUCUCACCUAUUUUAAAUGUGCCCCCAGAGACGGGAUAUCACGUCAAACUCUCGCCAUAUGCAGAUUUGCAUAGAAACGCUGUUCGUCGCAUUCUCGUCGACCCGGAAAGGAAAGAUAUCGGUCAACUUUCCAAGAUGUUUGUCACCGUGAUUGUGGGAAGAGAUUCGGAAAGUCACGACAACCAGGUUCCUAUCAACCUCAGGAAGCCACCCCGUCCAACGGAGCCCAAGAAAGGACGGUCCAAGCUCUGGGCUGAUUUCAAAUUUCAGGGUCUGGGGGACGCGUCAAAUGCCCCUCGGUUUGGGGACAGCGUCCCUGAGGAGGCGGAUCCUGUUCAGCAGAGUCAACUAAGAGCGUUGCCAACUGCUCCGCCAGGGGGUGCCCUGGUUAGCAAGCAUCGUUUCCUGACUCCGGAAAAGGCUUCGUUUGUCGAUAACUGGGCCACAGAGGUUGAGGCUGGAGCAGUGGGACCAAACGUCUCGGAACCUAACGGCACGCCGCCUCCAAACCCUCAUACAGAGCCUGCUCAGUCAGUUCUGCCUCCGGGAAUUAAAAGGCGCAAAGCUGUCAUCAUCGAUACAGGAGAGGGUAUUUGCGCGCCCAUCGAAGACUCGAAGCCUCUUCCGUCAGCUGAGGCCUCUACAGCGGGCCACGUCAGAAGUGCAACCAACGAAGAUGGUGCUGCCCAACCGGACCCUCGGCUGCCUGUGAAUUUUAUUCCCGUCGCGUACGGACAACCAGAUUGCUCUUCCGCUGAGAACAGCUGUCUGAGAAAGACCUCGUGCCUGGAGCCCACAGAACAGGGCGAGCCAACCCGACUUGUUGAUUUAGAGGAUACCUCGCCAGUGGCAAGUGCAGUGAUACCACCAAUAUCGUACAUGCCAGUUCCCCUAGCACUCACAGAGGCGGCGAGGUUAGGUUCGACGAUUGGAGAAUGGCAUUCUGAACAUGCAAAAGAGAAUAAAACUUGCCGCAGCAAUGGGCCCACAAAUGAGCCACUUGUUGGAAACGCUCCUAGAAUCCGCGAGCCUGAGCCUCGAGUUUUCCAUCGGAUCAUGGGCCAGAAGGCUGGGAAGAAUGCCCGAACGGGAGAGGAUCGAAAAGAUAAAACCGAAAAUCGGGAAAAUUUUGCUGAUGUUCCAUCCGCACCUUCGAUUCUCUCAAGAACAUCGACUUCUUGUUCUUCUAGUUUCUCUAGAAAAUCUAUCCAGUUAAGCGGAUGGAAGAAGGCGCAACAGGCGAAAGAGGAUGAAAAACGUGGGGUCGCACUCAAUGAGUUCCUCCGGCACGUUAGCCUCAUUCUAAAUGGAGUCCGAUGCUUCCCAGGAACUGUUUCAUUUGAAAUUCAGCUGGGACUUGUACUUGCAAGUCGAUCGCUCAUCGAACAGUCAAAGGAAGUGCCCUUAGAUCUCAAGGCCUGGAACAGCCUCUUUCAGCCCAAGAAUAACCUCCCUAAGCCCAGCACCAUUUUCACAAACAUGCUCACAACCUCUGGCGCUGACGUCGAUUAUAUACUCGACUUACCUGAUAGCCAGGAUGGUUCCACAUGCCAAAUGUUUUCAGAGGAAGUUGUCAGUCGUCGUGUUUGGUACGAAUUUCACUGCACAACCAAAAAUGACGAGACUUUGGUGGUCACUGUCGAUGAAUCUGGGACAGCGGCUGUGAAUAGGCCGGAAUCCGUGUUGGGUGCGGUCAAUGUCCACUGCGCAGCGCAAACCUGGGAUAUGAGGGGCGUGGUGAAAGGCGCCGUCGAAUACAUUCGAGGAGACGAGGAAAUAGACCAAGCAAUCCAAAAUCUCAUCGGCAAAAUGUAUAUCGAGCCCGGCCUGUCCGAAAUCGUAAUUUUCACUCGAAUUCCGGAAGGGGGCCAACUGAAUAUCACAAAAGUUCUCAUGAAGCGUUCCACGCGCCAUCGCUUCCACCGGCAUAAGACAGGACCCUUGCAAGUAAGCACUGCAAGGAAACCCGGCAUCCACGACAGGAUUCAUUCUCUUCUUAAUGAUCAAGGGAGCGGAUCUGCUGGUAGUGCUAACGGCAAUACGACACCGUUUGGGAAUGAGGAAACGUUUCUCCAGAUCACUGAAGUCCAGAAUCUUUUUUUGGGGUAUUCUGGUGAUGAUAUGAUGGCCGUGCGUGCGCGGGCAAAAUCAGCUGAUAAGAUGGUAGACGAUCACAGGUUAUGGUAUGAGAUAUCUGUUAUGAACCCAACAAUCGAAGAGAUCUUGCACUCCAAUAAAUAUCUCGAAUUUGGCGACACUGUCACUUCCUGGUCCGUCUUCAAACCACCACCUGCAAAAAAUGGAAAGCGAUCCACCAAUGCUAUCACCGCUGCCAAAACUUCCGAGACCAGCAUAGCAAAUUCGAAACUUCCAGAACAACCCACUUCAGAAAUCAGCUCCAAGGACGUGAGCGAAAUGUUCCACGCCGCGAACAAGAUUGUUCAAAAGAUCGACGAUGUUGGACGGGACAACUACGGCCCUGAGGCCCAAGCAGGACUGAAGGUAGAUCAAACCAUUACUGUCCCAUCAGUGGCUACAGCUGAAGUGCCGACAAGCUUUUGGUAGGUGAGAAGCUUUUGCCGUGCACCUCAUAGAUGGUGGUGGGUGUGAGUGCUUGGAAGGGAUUCCCAGGGUGGGGGGGUACCUUAUAUGAAUAAAUCUGUUCUUUGCAUUUGUAAUUUGUUGAGGCCCUUGCAUCCCAACCAGAGCCAGGCACAGCGUGGAGAGGUUAGGGGCGGCGACAGGGAGUCGUUUUUUGGGCUUUUCCAUGGAGGAGUGAUGCAUUAAUUAUUCUCAUACUUGUAAAUACGCAGUCUAUAGUGACAAAUGUGUCAAAUGGGUAUUUUAUACUAGUGUUACAAUGAGCACACAUUAAUGAUACUGAUUGUAUUAGCAAUCAAGAUCUCCUCAUUGGAGGUUGUAUGAAAUAA